AUGCCUCAACCCUACACCAGAUCCCAGCUUUCUAAGAAGCUUCGUCGUCUUCGUAAGAAAUUUCGCAUUAUCUCUACUCGAAUUUCAGUUGGGCUUGAUCCUUCGCUUCUUGCUCCGCACGAUCGUGCGCUCUUCGAUCUUUCCAAUCAGUUAUGGCAUCCUUCAUAUGCCUCUUCAUCUCCCUUUCAGUCUAAUAAGCGGAAGCCCUCUAAGGAAGAUACUGAAUUGAAUUUAGAGAACAAUCUCGGCAGUGGACAUGAAGAGGAGCCGUAUUUGCUAGUCGGUGAAGAUGGUGGUGGGCUUGGACGGUUCGCGGCGAAAACCAUUAUGGAUAGCUUUGAUAGAUCCCUCAAGGCAGUGAAAAUGAUACUUGUUCGCCAGGAGCUUCUUUAUGCGGACCAGACGUCUACGUCUUCGUCUACUCCAGCAGAAUCGUCGAAACAGGGGAGGGCAAUAGAUUUUGAGAAGAGGUGGCGAGAGCAAAGAGCGGAGAAACUAGAUGUAAUGGCUUGCAGCUUGAGGCUGCUUCUUGAGAAUGCUAUCAAUCAACGAUGA